AUGAAGGGCUUUUACAAUGUUCAGUGUCCAAUAUGCCUGAUCUCCGUUGAAGUACAACAACAGGAUUGUUUUUAUAUACUCCCUGUGUAUCCAGCGACCGCAAAGCUUUUCUCCCACAAGGACUGGCAGCUCAAGGAAAACUCUGUGAUUACAAUUGGUGACCUUGACCUUUGGCAGGGUGAAACAUAUCCCACACUUGGGUAUCAACAGCGGUCAUUUCUCAUUCAUCAGAGAUGUUAUGAGCUCAUUAGCCCACUUUCACCCUUGCAACUCCGUCUUCUGAUUGAUGUAGUGGAGCCAACUUUCCUUCCCCUAAUGCCUCCCUUGCCUUCAGUUGCACAUGGAGCCUUUUACUCAUCAACUCCUUGCCGCCUCACAUCGACUAAGCUUAAACUGCACCUCAGUCGCUUGCCACUUGAGAUCCAAGACAAGAUACUCGAACACGACAUUGGGCGCCUAUUAUUCGUUAUGAGGACGGCUUCACAGCUAGUACCCAUCCAUGAUAGCGACCUGAAGGCAGUCCCUGAACACAGAUUCACAGAGGAGACGUUGGCUCUGAACAGCAACACAAUCAGGAUCUAUUUUGUCGUUGUUGGUGGUCGAACCUAUAUCAGCCACCUCUCAGAUGCGGCUAGCCCGGUACCUCCACUAUGUGCUCGAAGGCGUAUAAUCCUGGUGGUUGUGUCUGCUUUUCUCAACUGGAUACUCCACAUGCUGCAAUGGAUGCCCCGAGACAGUAUUCCACUUGCUAUUGUGGCAGCGCUGGGAUUCAUGCUCUUUUCAUCCACAGGAUUGGCACUACUGGGUACGACCAGAAAUGAAAGAAUGAUCCAAGAAUAUACGCUUGAAAAAAGGAACUAUCUUGCAAUCCAAAGUGAUGGGAUGGGUGUUAUAGAUGUUGCAUUUGAACAGACCUCUACUGGGCCAAAAUGGAUCCUAAAUAGCCACGCCCACCCCUUCCAAGCUGAAAUAUCUGUGAACCCAUGCGCUGACACCCGAAGACUCCGGAUCAUUCGAGAUACUCAGAAGUGCCGCGCAAUUAUUUCUCUUAAUCGAUCUGGUGCAGAACCAUAUUUCUGUGGCAAACUGGUUCCCCCACAAGAUUCUUGGGUUGAUUCUGGUUUUCCUGUGGAGUCCAGCCUCACGUUAUCCCACGCCCCAUUUGCAUACUUCACACAUGCAACUUACAUUUCUUUUGCUACGAUAAAGAACAUCAGGUUCCGAGUUGAACAUUUGCGGUGUGGGAUCAUAGAGAUCGAGGUGGAUAUCCCAGACCCACAGAAGAAAUUGUAUUUUGUUAGCUUCCCUCGUCCUCCGCGGGUUCUAAGAUUCUCUCUUUGUGGGAAAACAUUCGCCGAUCGGCAGACGUUUCAGAUUCCAUAUCUUCAGUUUGAGGUUGAUGGCCAGUGGAGUCCUCCCCUUCCUCCUCGUUGGUUUCAUCUUCAGGAACCCAUCCUAAUCGAGAAUGUCCUGGGAAUCUGGUGGGUAACGCACUCCCUUUUAUCGCGGAACCUUAGCGCCGCUGCGUCCACCUCUGCUCGAAAGCUAGAUCUACUAGCCAUAGACAGAAAAUGGAAGGAAAAAUGGAACUCAGCAGCAAGCUCCAAAACCCAGACUUCUCGCCCCACGAGCGGUGCAACCAAAGCAUAUGUGCUCCCCAUGUUCCCCUAUCCGUCAGGGGCAUUACACAUGGGUCAUGUCCGUGUAUAUACGAUUUCGGACGUGCUGGCUCGAUAUAAACGAAUGAAAGGCUAUGACGUGCUGCACCCUAUGGGCUGGGAUGCGUUUGGAUUGCCAGCCGAGAAUGCCGCAAUAGAAAGGGGUAUCAGCCCUGCGGAGUGGACUCGAAAAAAUAUCGCUGCGAUGAAGGAGCAGCUACAGGCGCUGGGAACGGAUUUUGAUUGGGACAGGGAGUUAACGACAUGUUCACCUGAUUUUUACAAGCACACUCAACGUCUAUUUUUAUUACUUCACAAAAAGGGCCUUGCAUAUCAGGCGAAUGGGAUAGUCAACUAUGAUCCUAUUGACAAAACCGUAUUAGCAAACGAGCAGGUAGACGCAAACGGCUGCUCAUGGCGAUCAGGCGCCAAGGUCGAGAAGCGUGAAUUGAAACAAUGGUAUCUUCGAAUCACUGCAUUCAAGGAAGCCCUACUCAACGAUCUAGAGUAUCUUACCGGCGGUUGGCCAGAACGCAUCUUAUCGAUGCAGAGGCACUGGCUCGGAAAGUCAAAAGGGGCGCGCUUGACGUUCAAACUACAUCUGCCUUGCGAGGACACAAGUAUUCAGGUAUAUACUACACGAGCAGAUACCCUUCCAGGAGUUCAAUAUAUCGCGCUUGCUACAGAUCACCCCCUGGUGACAAAAUUAGCAAAAACGGACUUACAGCUUAAGGCAUUCCUUGGUUCUGCAAGCUCAUUUCCACCUACUUCGAAAGCAGGCUAUCGCCUACUUGGCACGGAAGCCCUCAAUCCUCUCCGUGCAAUUGAACAUGAGUCGAAUAUUUCUGUUAAACUUCCAGUUUUUGUGGCGCCAUACGUCCUAGGUGACUACGGUGAAGGAGCUGUCAUGGGUGUUCCUGGGCACGACUCUCGGGACCUUUUAUUCUGGACCGAGAACAUGAAGCACGCACCUGUCACUUCAGUCAUCGAUCCAAGUUCUUCAAGCCAGCCACCUCGUAACCCGGGUAGUCAUGAAUUCGAGCCUUUUACAGGUGAAGGUAUACUUAAUAAGCAUUGUGGAACAUUCAGCGGCCUGUCCUCAGAACAAGCGAGGGAGAGCAUUGUCUCAUGUCUUCGUGACAAAAACGGUUCAGCAGAUUUUACUGAGCGCUGGAGGCUGCGAGACUGGCUAAUUAGCCGCCAACGCUACUGGGGCGCACCAAUCCCCAUUGUUCAUUGCGGUGACUGCGGUGCGGUUCCUGUCCCUUCCAACGAGCUACCAGUCAAAUUGCCCGUAAUAAAUGGAGCCGGGUUGAAAGGGAUAACUGGAAACCCUCUCGAAUCGGCUGAGGAUUGGUUAUAUACGCCUUGUCCGAAAUGCAAAAAGCAAGCAAAGAGAGACACGGACACCAUGGACACAUUUGUCGAUUCGUCAUGGUACUUCUUAAGAUUCUUAGAUGUAUCAAAUGAAGAGAUGAUGUUUUCUCCUUCUUUGGCACGACCGGUGGAUACUUAUAUCGGCGGUAUCGAGCACGCGAUUCUACAUUUGCUUUACUCAAGAUUUAUAUACAAAUUUCUAGCUACUGCUGGAUUGGCACCCGGUGUUCAUUCGAACAUGCCAGAUGCUGCGGAGCCCUUCCUUAACCUUCUUUCUCAGGGUAUGGUACAUGGGAAAACAUUUUCCGACCCUUUAAGUGGCCGCUUCCUACGCCCUUCAGAGGUUGAUCUUUCCACACCGGGCUCCCCCGUCCUGACUGGGACGAGAAUCGCACCAAAUAUAUCAUUUGAAAAAAUGUCGAAAAGCAAACAUAACGGAGUUGAUCCCAGCACGUGUAUUAGCAAAUAUGGAGCGGAUACCACAAGGGCGCAUAUUCUCUUUGCAGCACCUGUCAGUGAAGUUCUUGAGUGGGAUGAAUCAAAAAUUGUGGGCAUUCAACGAUGGUUCAACAAGGUGUGGAAAAUAGUGAUUGACUUGCAACAGUCGUCAGUCCUAAAUGAACUUGAUUUCAGCCAGGAAGACCUUCUUACACCCCAGUUGCCACCUUUGGGCGAACUUUCUGAUGAAGAAGCAGGCGUGCUUCUUGUUGCACACUCCACCAUAGUUUCCGUCUCGACAUGCCUAGCACAAAACCCGUAUGCUCUCAACACCGUGGUAUCUAAUCUAAUAAAACUCACAAACACACUGUCAUCUCUAUCAUCUUCCGCCAAUUCGACACCUGUGUACUCAAAAGUUAUAUCCUAUAUUGCCGUCUCUUCUCUCCUACGACUACUAGCCCCUAUCGCCCCCGCAUUUUCCUCGGAAUGUUGGCAGGAACUACAUGCUUGUCUUCAAAACCAAAAUGUUAAUUGUGGUUCAAAACCAGUACUUUCAACACAAUGGCCAAGACCAUUACUGUCAGACAUGCAGUUUGGACUCCUUCGGGACCGUGGCUCCAAGACAGUGGCAGUUCAAGUGAACGGAAAACUACGGUUCACAACAACAAUUCCCCAUUUCUUGCCAUCUAUCUCGCAUUUAAAGCAAAGCUGCGACGGCCAGGAUUUCCAGGAAGAUUCAAAGCUAAAGAAGGGAGUGACAAAAGAAGAGCAGCUGUGGAUUUUAUCACACAUUCUGAAGACAGAAAAGGGGAAAAUUUGGCUGACGCAGAAGAAUGAUUGGGAAAAAAGAAAACGUAUUGUUGUCGUAGGUGGUGGAAAGGUUGUUAAUGUUGUUUUCUAG